AUGCUUCUGCCUGCAUAUGCGUUUCCACUGGCCUUUGCAAUACUGUCAAAGCCUUCGUUCGCGACAUCAUCGAACCCGAACCUCCCAUCCGAACUCUUCUCUCCUCUCAUCGCCCAGAAGCUUCUCGCCACAGGCACGAACCUCACCACGUCCACAUCUGGAAUACCGACCGUCUAUCCACAAUAUACUACUCGCGACACGGGAAAAUGGGUGUACUUCGCGGCAGACGGGUGGACGUCUGGAUUCCUGCCCGCCACGUUUUACGCGUUGCAUGAGAGGGCCGGGUUGUGUCAGUCUCAGAACGCAGGAGACGAUGGAAAUGGGACGGAGUGGUUGGAGUUGGGGAGGACAUGGGCGACGGGCGAGGUGCCGAGUGAGACAAAAACGGGUGUUGGGCAUGAUGUAGGGUUUUUGAGUUUUCCGUUCGUGGAGGAGCUGAAGGUCAACCCACAGAAUCAGUCCGCUGUAGACGCGAUCAAUAAGUUCGCCGCUCACCUUGCGGGAAGAUUCAGUCCAAUUGUGGGCUGCACGAGAAGUUGGGACUCGACGGACCCGACUGAUUUCCAAGUCAUUAUCGAUAACAUGAUGAACCUGGAGGUUCUAUUCAAUUCUGCGAACUUGACUGGGAACACUACACUAGUCGAUAUCGCCAUUUCGCAUGCAGAUAAGACGAUGGUCAACCACGUUAGGGCCGAUGGCUCUUCGUUCCAUGUUGUCGACUACAAUUCAACCACAGGUGCCGUCAUCGAUCAACGUACCUCCCAAGGUUACUCGAACUCUAGUACCUGGAGUCGAGGGCAAGCAUGGGGUAUCUACGGAUUCGCCAACAGUUCGUCUCGUCUUGCUUUGCACAAUAACACAGAUCUUUCACGCUAUCUGGAUACUUCUCGCCGUAUGGCGAAGUACUUCAUCGAUCAUAUCCCAGACGACGGGGUCAUUCCUUGGGAUUUUGAUGCACCUUUGACCCCUCCACGUCCCGCCGAUACCUCAGCAGCUAUGAUCGCAACAAACGGUCUCUUACUUCUCGCUCAACAAGAGGCUAAUCUCUCCCCAGCCAACACCUCGGGUGCGAACUACUACAUCAACGUGGCCGCGCAGAUCCUUAGUAACACCACGGCGGCGUUCUGGAAGCCUGAAUGGGAGAGUUUGCUGUCGAACGGGACCGUCAACAACCCUGCUAGCCCACCGAACAACCUCACGGGUAUCAUCUACGGCGAUUAUUAUCUUGUGGAGGCGGGGAAUACACUUGUGAAGAUGGGGUUGGCGGGCUGCUGA